AUGAAGCGCCGGCGCGAAGAAGCCACACAGCGCAGCAAGCGAUCGCGUCACCAAAAUUUAGCUGAUAGCGAAGACCUUAGCGACGAUGAAGUGGUACCUACAUAUGUUGCUGUAGCAGACGGCUCUAGCGACGACGAAGAGAAUGGAGACAUCAAUGACAACGAGGAAGAUGAUGAGGCGGUCUUAGAUUUUACGCAGACGAACUAUACAGGACCAAUGAGCCAGGAAGAGCUGCUCGUUGGCGAUAUUGAUGACGAAGGAGACAAUAAUAAGGAGCCAAGCAAGCCCAAAGUAUUACAUAAGCUGUCAGAUAAGGCGCUGGAUGUGCUCACAUCCAACUUAGUUCGCUACAUAGUAUACAAGGGCGGCUUGAAACUGCCAUUUAGGUUCUCGGACAUCAGCAAGGAUGUGUUUCCACAAUACAAGAAUGUAUCGAGAUACUUCUUUUACUUCGCGAAGCAUAAGGUUGAACGCGUGUUUGGAUACCGAGUAGUGCACGUGGAUGAUAGGUCAGGCAAAGAGAUGUAUCUAGUGCUAAACAACGCGUCGUCGCAGGAGCACUUGCUGCUCAUGAACAAAACUGGAAAAGCUGCUUCACGUGGAUUCCUCAUGGUGAUCUUGGGCCUUUUGUGGUGCGCCCCUGCGCGACAACUUUCAGAAGAUGAGUUGUGGAAACAAUUAAGUCGCCUGGAUCCAGAGGUGAAACUGAAAGUCCAUCACCCACAGCUAGGAGACAUUUCGCAGCUAUUCAAGACGUUUGAAAGCCAGCUUUACUUAAACGCUACGUCGGAGCUUGAUGCGGAUCUGAAGAAGAUUAAGUAUUAUCAGUAUGGUCCAAGGACGUAUCUAGAAGUCAGCAAGAUUCAGAUUCUUAACUUUGUGUGCAAGUUGAUUACAGGACAGCCUCCGUCUGAGGCGCAGAUUACUGAAGUUCUUGCUGAAGAUACCUAA